UCCUGAAGAUGUUGAACUUAAUUCAUUAAAAUCUAGUUCAUUUUCAAAUGUUCAUAAUGACCCAGAGAAAUUUAACAGCAUAGAGGAAUUUAAUAAGAGUGACCAGAUUACAUUGUUCUGAAGAUGAAAAACAUCAUACAAUGAGGUCUGACUCACCCUCUAAUAUUAAUAGUGAUUUUGGGGAAUUUAGGAGUUUAGAGGAAUUGAACCCAAGUAGCCAUGUGGCAGUAGAGCACCAUGAAAGAGCUGACCCUGAAGUUGUGCCUAAAGAACACGUAACUUUAGAGCUCUCAGAAGAACUUGAGAAUCUUGCACAAGUGGCAUUUCCCUUGAUGCCAGACUCUUCACUGGAGCUUACUUCUGCCGUUUCAAAAUCCACAUUAGUUAAUGACAUUAAUGAAGACAAAGUCGAAGAUAAAACUUCUAAAAAAGAAACCCAAAGAGGCUUCCUUUCUGGCCUUUUAAACAGGUUUACUUCUCUAGAAAACAUGCCUAGUCAACAGGAAUUCAAUCGGAAAAAUGACUGUUCCCAUCACAAGAAUAGUACCUCAAGCCCAUUACUCUCUGGAAUACUUAAUUUGAUAUCAAACAGCAGUGCAAACAGUUAUAAUCCAAAUGAAGUGAAGCUCAAGUCUUUAGAUGAGACAAAAAAUUUGGAUGGAAGUAAGCACUUAUCCACAAAUGAAAUCCCUGUUGAUUCAUGUGUGACUUCUGAGAACCAGAGUAGCCAGGUUGAAAACAAUGAAACUUCUAGCUUCAUAAAAAGUUCUUUAUCAUUAUUGAAAGAAAUCAUCCCAUCAUCUGAUGGUUGGGUUGAUAAUCAUCUGUACCCUCCUACAUGGAAAAAUCAGGAUAGUGAAAAAACAUUGCUCUUCUUCUGAGAACAUACUCCAUUGUACUGAACAGGGUCUCUUAGAGAAAUCUUUGGCUAACAGGCCAACAUCAAAUCAUAUUCUUGAAGUAAAACUUCAUGAAAGGUCA